AACAUUAUAAUUCAUUAAUCUUGUUGUAUUCUAUGAGUUGAAUAAAACCUUACGUUGAAGGUAUCUAUUUAUUUAUUAUACAUUGUAUUCUGGAUCUCCCUCUUGGACAUUUUCCUGUUGGUCUGGUCUCAAAAUAUUUUCUUGGGUCUUUAUCUUCACUCAUUCGACCGAGAUGUCCAAACCAUCUGAGUUGUCUCUUUUCAAUGGUAUCCUUUAAAGGGACAGCUCCGACAUCCUCUCUUGUCCUCUCAUUCCAUAUACGAUCCCUCCUAGUUCUUCCUGCCACUCUCCGAAGGUAAAGGAGGGUAGGUAGGUAGUAUAGCCUUGAAUACAUGUACUUCCACAUUCUUCUCUACCUCCUUUUUCCCCAUAAGUGUGUUGCAGAUGUAGUGGUAUAUUGAAUUUGUCCUCUUUAUCCUAUUGGAUAUUUCUUGGUCUACCUUUCCAUACCUGCUGAUCACGGUUCCGAGGUAAGUGUAUUCGUCCACUAUUGCUAGUGGUACACCUUUGACUAAAUAAAUAAUAAAAAAAUUAAUAAAAUGACCGUUUGUAUUUACUUGCUCAUGCAUUAAUAAUUUAACUGUAAUCAAAAUUAGUUAUAAAACAGAUUUAUACAUUUAUUUAUUGGCGCGGAACAUUUGUAAAAAAACAUUACCCACUAUAAAAAAAGUUUUUAUGAUUCAUAUUUCAUGUAAGUGAAACAAAUAUAACACAACAAAAUUUAAGUUUUAUUGUGUUAAAGUCAUAUGCAUUAUUUCCAAAUUAAGUAAAAUUAUUCGUGAAAUGACCACAUGAAAUUUGAAUUUUAAAAAUUUAUAAGAGGUAACUUUUAGAAUUUAUAUCAAAAUUUUAUGACUUAAUGGAACGAAGAAACUGCGGAUUCUAUACAUGGAUGGUUCUGGUGACUUGCGUCGGAAUAGCUGGGAAUCCAGUUACCACUAUUACAGGCAACUUUUCGAAGAUAGAAGCAGACUAACAUGGCAGGAGGAAGCAAGGAUCAAACACACCAAAAUGAAGGAGUGCACUGCUCUAUUAAACAAAGAGUUCUGGAAGAAUGGAAAGAGUAUGCGGAGUCUCAUCCAAACGAAGUUAAAUAUUCUUCCGGUUCAGAGCUCAGUUGCAGAUACAGCGAUAGUAAAUCUUGUUCAGAGAAACCUCAGAGAAAAAACACUCAAAGCGUAGUGAAUAAAUGGUACAAAACAAGAGUGGUGAAGUACAAGAUAGCUUCAGAGUUCGCGGCAGAGCUCCGCUUGGCUAUACUCAUUGCAAUCCAGAACACCGCGACUGCUCAAUCAGUCUUAGCUAUGUCUUCAAAUUUUUCAAUGCUCGAGGAAAAGAGGCAUUGGUUCCGCAGUCAGAUCCAUACCUUGCGAAACAACAUAAAGCAACUAGCGAUGUCCAGCCACUUGCUCAGAGCAGAACUGAAUUCCGACCAGUUCGCAGAUCAUUGCAUAAAUCUUACCGAGAAGAAAAUGAAACCAAAGUUGAAAAGAAAGAAAGUUAUUAAAAGGACUUUGUAAAACCAUCAGUAUAUAUUUGAUUACCAUUUUAAAAUCAGUCUUAAAGACAGCUCUAUACUAAAUUUGGAAAUUUAUAAAAUCCCUACUUAGUUAACC